AUGACUACAGUUGCAAGAAAAUCAGCAAGCAGUCAAACUCGAGAACAAUUAAAAGAUAUUAAUGAAGAUGAGUCUAAUACGAAAAUAACUAUCGAUAGAAAUAACAAUGCAAUUGAAAAAGAAUCAGCUGAUGUUAGCCAAGAUAAAAUAUCAAUAAAUAGACGUAAACAACGGCCAAAAAGCACAACUAUAAGAGAUGAAUAUAAAUAUGUUGGUGAUAUAUAUGCCGAAAAGAAACAUGGUACAGGUAUUUUAUCCUGGCCAGAUAAACAAACAUAUACCGGUGCAUUUUAUGCUGAUAAACGACAUGGUUUUGGUAGUUUUCAAAAUCCAGAAAUUUUCGAAUUUAAAGGUCUUUAUCGUCAUGAUGAACGAUUUGGUCCAGGUAUUUUAAUGUAUCAAUCUUCUCAAUGUGCUGAUGUAGGUUUCUGGUUGAGUGAUGAUCUUGUUCGUCUUGUUUAUCCACAUCCGACACUUAAUUUGGAUAUUCAUAUAAUUGAUAAAAAACCUCGAACUGAUUCUUCAUGUAUGUUACAAUCAUGGUAUUCACCUUAUGAAUUACUUUCAACUAUAAUUGAUUUUGAUUAUAUUUUAAAUAAGAAACCAAAUGCUUUAUUAUGUAAAAAUAUUGAAAAUGAAAAUUCGACAUUUACUCAAUAUUUAAUUGAACAUGCGGAUCAAGUUCAAAAAGUUAUGCAUGAAAAACGUGCACAACUUGAUGCUUAUCUAUCAAAUUUUAAUGAUGAAAAUAUAUUAGAUGAGAAAGUUUUUAAUGAAAGAAUGGUGGAUAUUCCAAUACCAAAUGAAACAUAUGAACAACAACAAUUAUUUUAUCAUACAAAUAAAUAUUUACCAUUAAAACAGCAAGCAACAUAUCCUAUUGAUGAAAUUUUAUCAAAUAAUCGUUUAACUUUUCCAGAUCCUGGACCAUUGGAAAAGUCGUCAUUGGUUCUAUUAGAAUUAGCAUAUAAUGGUGAAUUUAAAAAAAUUCGUGAUCUUCUUUUACAUAAUCAAACUUAUGUUGAUGUUUGUGAUUCUCGAGGUUUAACUGCAUUACAUUUUGCUACACAUAAUAUUCAUAUGGAUGCUAUAAAUAUACUCCUUGAUUUUGGUGCUAAUGUUAAUCAAUUAACAGAUGAUGGAUUAACACCACUUGCUAUUGCCUUUUUAUUUUACUAUGGAAAUGAUCCACAAGAAACAAUUAAUACAGCUUUAGAACAUUCCGAUGAAAUUAUUUUAAAUUCGAAAUCAACAUCCGCAAUGGAAGGAAGACAAUCAAGUCCGAAAGAUAAUACAACAACAACAACAAAAUCAGUAUGUGAAAUAAGUAUACCAGAUGAAGAUAAAUCAGGACCUUCUGGUGAAUCAAAUUGUUAUGGAUAUGAAUUGACGGAUACUCUUCGUGAACGUAUGCGAGAUGGGCAAUUUCGAGAAUCAGUUCAUACACUUAUCAAACUUCUUCUUCGUCGUGGUGCUGAUCCUUCACUUAGUGAUUGGCCACUACCAGUUUUAGCUGAAGCUAUUCGAGCAGGUGAUAAAGAAAUGGUUGAAAUAUUACUGAAGAAAAAAGCUCAAGUUAAUUGUCGAUUAAAUCCUAUACGUCAUGCGAAUCUAACUCCAUUACAUAUUGCUUGUGGUUGUUUAGUACCAACUGCACUUGAUAUUGUUCGACUAUUAUUAGAACAUGGAGCUGAAGUUAAUGUAGAAUCAUCACCAGUUGAUAAAGAAUAUUUAUCACUUGCCGAUUUAUCCGUUCGUGAUACUUUUAAAACAGCAAGUCAACAACAUGGUCGUACUCCUUUACAUAUAGCAUGUACACGAGAAGCAACUGAAGAUACAUUAUCUAUUGUUCGUCUUUUACUUAAACAUCAAGCGAAUCCUAAUGUUGUAUGUAAUGGUCAGACACCACUUUCACUUGCUAUUUCUAUGGGAAAUGAAUCAUUAGUUGAUACACUUAUCGAGUAUGAAGGAACAGAUCCAUCUAUUUCACUUGGAGAAGGAAAUGGAAAUGCAUUAUGUACUGUUGUAUCAACUGCUUAUGAAUCUCGAUGGACUCAUAAUAAACGAUUAGAAUUGGUUGAACGAAUGGUAGACAAAACUCCAAAAGUACUUUAUCCUGUUCGAUUUAGUGUCAAACAAAUAUCAGGUUCAUCCGUCGAUUAUGCUUACUACUCAUUUUUUGCUGAUACUCGAAUAGCUCAAACUCCAUAUCAUAUAUUAUCACCGGACGAACGACUUAUAUAUAAAGAACGAAAAGAAUUACUUGCUCAGGUAGCGAAACGAUUUCGUGAGGAAGUGACAAAAGAUAAGGACUUAUUGAAUGUACCAAUACCUGAACAUCCAACUGGAAUAACGAGAGGACAUACAUAUUCACAACGAACACAUACGAAUACUCGUUCAUCAAACGGCAAAUCUGGUCAAACAAAUUCUAAACCGAAUAAUGAUUUUCAUUUUUGUGCUACAUGUGGUCGUAGUACAGGUGUUCGACUUACACCCUGUAAAGAAUGUGGAAACGUUUAUUUUUGUUCUAAGAUAUGUAAAACAACAGGAUGGGAUGCUUUUCAUCAAGAUGAAUGUCAAAUAGAACAACCAGGUGAUCCAACAGCUGGUAAUAAAAAUCUAACAGGUGUUGAUGGUGCUUUAUUAAAAAAAGAUCUUUCAUCUCUUAAAACUUCACAAAAUCAAUUACCAACUCUUUCAGCAGCGAAAUUAAUACGUCAAAAACGAUUGAAAAAAAUGGGAAAUUUACAUCCUUCUUUGGAAGGAGUCAGUUUAUCGUGGAAUUAUACAUAUGAUGCUCCAGAAAAUUACAGCUUUAGUUAA